CCCAAACAAUCAUUCUUACGCUUUUCAAACACAAACCAUGGUUUCUCCCCAACAACACCACGAUCUUGUCUACGACCUCAAGCUCUCGUCGGUCGGGCCAGGUCGCGUCACCGGUUCCGACGUGGUUCAUGAUCUGAGCGGCCUCGACUUAGCCAUGAAACUCCAUAACCUCAAAGCCGUGUACUUGUUCACCAGCCAUGCAGCGGAAGGACUGACCAUCAUGAACAUGAAAGAACCCAUGUUUUGCUGGUGCAACGAUUAUUUCAUGACCUGUGGACGGAUCAGGAGAUCCGAGCCGUCAGGUCGACCGUACAUAAAGUGUAACGAUUGCGGCAUAAGGUUCGUGGAAGGUGUUUGCGACAAAACCUUGGAUGAAUGGCUUGAAAUGGAGGACGAUUCUAGGUGGAAUUCGCUUGUUUAUCAUGGAGCCAUCGGCCCCGAGUUAUCAUUUUCUCCUUUAGUUUACUUGCAGGUCACUUGGUUCAAAUGUGGAGGAAUUUCUCUAGGGAUAAGUUGGGCUCAUCUCCUGGGAGAUGCAUUUUCAGUCUCUGAUUUCAUCAACAAUUGGGGACGAUGCAUGGCUACUCUCAAGGCCAAUGGGUCCCCAACCCUCGCACCAAGGUCCCAGACCGCGGUUCCAAUGCCUGAACCACUUUCCGCCAAACAAGUAAACCAUGUCGGAGACCUUUGGGUCGUUGCCAAUAACAGCAAAAUGGAAACCUUUUCCUUCAACUUAACCACACAACAUUUAUCGAACUUAGAUGAUGAUGAUGAUCACGGCACUAGACAUAAACCAGUAUCGGCUUUCGACUCGAUUUGUGCCGUGAUUUGGCGAUCCAUAGCCAAAGUUAGGGAAGGGUUUGAGCCGCAAGUUGUGACGGUUUGUAGGAAAGAUCCAAACCAUGACAACAACAACAACAACUUUCUUGGUAACACUCAAAUCAUAAGAUCGAUCAUGGCGGAUUUCUCGGUUGUUGAAUCGGAUUUGAACACGUUAGCGUCGUUGAUCGCUGGUGAUCAAAACCAAGGGUGCGACGAAAGGAACAUGAUUGAAGCAGCAGUUGAGAAAGAUAAAGGGUUCACGGAUUAUAUCAUUUAUGGAUCAAAUUUAACAUUUGUGAACUUAGUAAAUGCAGGUUUAUAUGAAAUGGAGUUGAAAGGAGAAAAACCCAAAUUUGCCUAUUAUUCAAUCCAAGGCGUGGGUGAUGAAGGAGCAGUUUUGGUUCUUCCAGGACCGCCGCCUCCGCCGCAAGGGUCUACCGUUGAAAAUGACAGCGAACGAAGUUAUUUGGUAACCCUAACUUUGCCUGAGGGUGAAGUACCGAAGCUCAAGACUGAGUUAAAAAGGAAUGGUUUAAUUUAGCCCAAACUCAAAUUAUAUAAAAAAUAUUAU